UUGGUGGCGCAUUAUCCACCCAAUAUAUAAACGUUCGAAACGGCGUCGUGAGCGCAAUACCAUAGACCGAGCCGUACUCCAGAGAGAGCGAGGACACAGCUUCCAACGAUGGAUCGGUACCAGAGGGUGGAGAAGCCAAGGACAGAAACACCUAUAAACGAGAACGAGAUUCGGAUUACUACUCAAGGCAGAAUGAGAAAUUACAUUACCUAUGCCACCACUUUGCUCCAGGAGAAAGGUUCUAAUGAAAUCAUCCUUAAAGCAAUGGGUAGGGCCAUCAAUAAGACGGUGAUGAUUUCUGAAUUAAUUAAGAGAAGGAUUGUUGGACUUCAUCAGAACACAUCAAUUGGAUCAACCGAUAUAACGGAUAUGUGGGAGCCAUUAGAAGAUGGCCUUCUUCCCCUAGAGACUACCCGUCACGUUUCAAUGAUCACAAUUACUUUGUCAAAGAAGGAGCUGGAUACAUCCUCCACUGGGUACCAGCCUCCUAUUCCUGUUGAUCAAGUGAAACCAUUGAAUGAGCUUGAAUAUGAAGGAGAUUCACCUGGCAUGCGAGGCAGGGGACGUGGUCGAGGAAGGGGUCGCGGGAGAGGAAAUUACAAUGGAGUAGGGGGGGAAUAUAAUAAUGGAGAUGGUUGGGAUGGUGGGCGUGGGUUUGGUGGUAGAGGUCGAGGCCGUGGAAGAGGACGUGGUUUCCGUGGUCGAGGAAGAGGCUAUGGUGGUGGAGAUAUGCAAUAUGAGUCAGGUGGUUACUAUGACUACGGUGAUUCAGAAGUGCCUGCCCAAGGCCGUGGUCGUGGUCGUGGCAGGGGAAGGGGCCGUGGGCGUGGUCGCAAUUUCAGAACAGAAGGGCCACCUCAAGCAAUAGCUGCUUGAGCAGUAUAAGGUGCUGUGGUACUAAUAUGGAGUUGGAAUACAUGGAUGCCUGCUCUGCUUGUUGUGUCUUCGUGCAGUUCACAGAUAUUUAUAGGCAUUGUGGUAUGGCUUUUUAAAGUUUGAAGUGUUGCAGUCAUGGUGCUUGCAGCUAUGUUUUUGUAGGUAGCAAAGUAGGAAUAUCCUCUUAUUUAUUGCUGACCAGGUUUUUUACAUAUCUAGAAAAAGGUUGUACAAUUUCUUUGGCCCUUUUUUUUAUAGGAAUAAUAGAGCAGUACAUUCUUUUAUUCUUACCCCAA